AUGGCCGCGCGCCCCGGGCCGCUGUGGCUCGUGGGCCUGGCGCUGUGCGCGCUGAGCGGCGGCGGCCCCGGCCCGCGCCCCCCGGCCGGCUGCCCGGCCCGCCGCCUGGGCCCGCGCGAGCGCCGCGACAUGCAGCGCGAGAUCCUGGCGGUGCUCGGGCUGCCCGGGCGGCCCCGGCCCCGCGCCCCGCCCGCCGCCGCCCGGCUGCCGGCGUCGGCGCCGCUCUUCAUGCUGGGCCUGUACCGCGCCAUGGCCCGCGACGACCACGAGGACGGCGGCCCCCCCGCGCGGCGCCCGGGCCGCGCCGACCUGGUCAUGAGCUUCGUCAACGUGGUGGAGCGUGACCGCACCCUGGGCCACCAGGAGCCCCACUGGAAGGAGUUCCACUUUGACCUGACCCAGAUCCCGGAGGGGGAGGCAGUCACGGCCGCUGAGUUCCGGAUUUACAAGCUGGCCAGCACCCACCUGCUCAACAGGACUCUGCACGUCAGCACGUUCGAGGUGGUCAGGGAGCAGUCCAACAGGGAGUCUGACUUGUUCUUUUUGGAUCUUCAGACGCUCCGAGCUGGGGACGAGGGCUGGCUGGUGUUGGACGUGACAGCAGCCAGUGGCCGCUGGUUGUUGGGCCGGAACAAGGACCUGGGGCUCCGCCUCUAUGUGGAAACGGAAGAUGGGCGCAGCGUGGAUCCUGGCCUGGCCGGUCUGCUGGGGCGACGGGCGCCGCGCUCCAAGCAGCCUUUCCUGGUCACUUUUUUCAGGGCGAGCCCCGGUCCCGUCCGCGCCCCUCGGGCAGCGAGGCCCCUGAAGAGGAGGCCGCCGAAGAAAAGCAACGAGCUGCCGCACCCGAACCGCCUCCCAGGGAUCUUCGAUGACGUUCAUGGCACCGAUGGCCGGCAGGUGUGCCGGCGGCACGAGCUCUACGUCAGCUUCCAGGACCUGGGCUGGCUGGAUUGGGUCAUCGCCCCCCAGGGCUACUCAGCCUAUUACUGUGAGGGCGAGUGCUCCUUCCCGCUGGACUCGUGCAUGAACGCCACCAACCACGCCAUCCUGCAGUCCCUGGUGCACCUGAUGAAGCCGGAUGCGGUCCCCAAGGCGUGCUGUGCCCCCACCAAGCUGAGCGCCACCUCCGUGCUCUACUACGACAGCAGCAACAACGUCAUCCUGCGCAAGCACCGCAACAUGGUGGUCAGGGCGUGCGGCUGCCACUGAGGCCCUGCCCCCCUCUCCUGCAGGCAGGAACACUCACAAGCCACCAUUGCUCGGGGAGGGGGUGCGGGGAGGGCAGGGAGGGCCACAUAUGCCUGCCGGGGUGCCCUGCCCCAGCCCUGGGGUUCUGGUAGACUGGCCGGCCCAGCCUCACAGGCCUGAAGGAUGCAGCACUGCUGCCCACGCGGUGCCGCUUUGACAUCCCGUCUUAGGACGUGUCCUUGGCCAUCCCCAGCCUGCGCUGCAGGUGACCCCGGCCCAAGGGUGACCAGCUGGGCUCUGAGCAGGGCUCCUGCCUUCAGCACAGCGAGUACUGGGCUCCUAACGUGGCACAUUCGUUGGCCACCCACCAGGCCACUGCAGCACCUACUUGCCUUCCCUCCUUGGGGAAGAGGCGUAAGCACCCCCCACCCCACAAACAACCUUGGGGCACCCAGUUCCCGCCAGCUUCUCCACCCUGAGAGACGCCACUCUUAGAGCCAAGGCAGUGGUUGCGGCGGCCCCAACCGGCGCCAUCAGUACCCGGCCCGGUGUGCCUCCCACUGACCCCAGAUGGGCCCUCGGAACCGUCAGCACAUGACCCCACACACCCACCGGCCGCUCAGAGUUAAGAUGAAGCCCGUUUCUCGGGGCCCCUGCAGGCUGGGCAGGGGGAGCUGCGGGGGAGCCCCCAGAGGUAGAAUAGGCCGCUGCUGCCGUGCCCCACUGUGCCCAGGAGCCCAGACCUGCGAGCGAGAGCAGCCCGUGUCCCAGGGCGCGACAGGCAGUAAUUAGGGGCCCGGGCAGGGCGCUCCCUGAAACUGCUGCUCUCUUCAGAGCCGCAGCCAAGCCUGUACCGCCCGCCAGGCCCAGCAGAGGUGGGAGCACCGUGCCCCGGGGCGCAUCCCCAGUCACCCUGCCCCCCGAGGAGGGGACCCGGGUGUGGAGGCCGGGCCCUGUUGGGGGACAGCCAGUGCCGAGGAUCGCAGAGGGUGGGCCCGGACUGGGUGCAGGGGGCCUGGACCGUGGCCUGGCAGUGACCCGAGCGCAGUGCGCCCGGACUCUGGAGACCUGGGUUCUGUCUGGUUCCCCCGCAGCCUCUGACCCGUGUGCUGCCCGACGAGUCCUUCUCGGGGUCAAGCUUCGGUCUCCCCUGCUCCCGGCAGAGCCGACACCCAGCCCGGGUGCCCAGCUGCCGCUUCGGGACCUUAGUGACCAGCGGUUGCCUCCCAACACCAAGGGCAGCGAAGGCCUGGGAACCUCUGACCUGCACUUGGGCUCUUGGACGCCCAGCGUGUAGCCUGCACGCUGGGGCUGGGGGCCCUGCCCGGUGUGCCCCAGGGUGCGUGAGGAUGGCCAUCUGGAUCCCCUGCCGCACCGUAGCUGACUUCUGGAGCCCGCGGCCGUGCAGGUGACCACCAGACCGAACCCCAACCGAGAAGGCCGCGUCAUCAG